GCAGUCAAGGCAGCCCUUCUCUGGGGUGAUGUCAAGCACACUGCAAACCAGGUCUACAACGUCCUCGACGGGGCAGACAAGCAAGCUUGGGGCCGUACCGGCUCUAACCUUGAGCGUUUGAACACUUACUCCUCCGUCUUGAGGUCGUACUGUGCCGGCGGUGACCCAGUCUGCGCUGGUGGAGAUGACGUAGCUCAGCAUCUGAACUACUUCGAGCUCUACACCGAGGAGGCAUCAAACUGGAUCGUGAGCAAGCUGACACCUCUCCUGGUCAAGCCCUCAUCGGCCGCGCCUGUCAGCUCAGCUACUCCUACGCCUACCCCUGAGGUCUCCUCCACUGUCGCACCGGUCGAGACCUCAAGCACCGUCGUGGUACCAGCCUCCUCCGAGGCCUUGACU